AUUACUAGCUUUUUCUUGACUGUCAGUCCUACCUCUAUAAUGUAUAUAGUUGAGCAUGCAUGCAAAAAGAACAAAGCAUUCUGCAUGAACCUGAGUGCCCCCUUCUUAUGCCAAUUCUUUAAAGAACCUAUGAUGAAAGCUUUUCCAUAUGUAGAUAUAUUAUUUGGAAAUGAGCAAGAAGCUCUAGCAUUUUCUAAAGAACAGGAAUUUGGUACUGAAAACAUAGAAGAAAUAGCCUUACAGAUUCAGAGCUUGCCAAAAGAAAAUGAAAAAAGAUCUCGAAUUGUAAUCAUUACUCAGGAAGAGAAUCCAAUUAUUUGUGCUACAGAUGGAAAAAUCACAAAAUACCCUGUAACAUAUGUUAAAGCAGAAGAAAUAGUUGAUACCAAUGGAGCAGGUGAUGCUUUUGUGGGAGGAUUUCUAGCUCAAUACAUAAUGGAGAAACCAUUAGAUGUAUGCAUUAGAUGUGGGAUAUACGCUGCUACUGAAGUAAUUAAGCAGUCCGGAUGUACUUUACCAGAAAAGUCAAAUUUUAUAGAAUAAUAAUAACAUAUUUCCUAAGCAGGACCAUAUGAGAUUAUAACAGAAAAAUGAUUUUCUUUUUUGGGCUUUAAUAUUUUGUAUACAUGUAUUCUUUAUUUAAAAUGCAUUAUUUUUUAUGAUUAUUAUUUAUAGAUACUAGGUGAAGUAUUUGUACAAGUUUUUUCAUAAUAAAAAUUGCUUUCAUGAGCAGCUGUUAUAAUUUAAA